AUCUCCAGCGCCGUCGGACCCCACGGUGCUGAGCUUGUGUGACUGCCACUUCGUCCCCUAUGGAGGGGCGAUGAACGAGCCCUCCGAAGCUUUGGCGUGCAAGAAGGACGGGUUCUUCGUCGCCGGCUUCGAGACCCCGGGUCAGUACUCCCAGCUCAAGGGCCAGUACAUCCCGCUCUCGAGGGCCAUCUGCUGUCGACCGUGCCUGCCGCCGGGUGACUCCGCGUUGCCGGGCGUGAAGGGUAACGUGACCGCCGAGGACGUGGUGGCCAUCUCCUCCGACUGCCAGGCCUCAGCCAAACCGUCCCGUGGUUCGUCCGUCGGGGGGCAGACGUGCCCCGCGGACUCGUUUGUGCAGGGAUUUGCCCACGACGUGCGAGCGAACCCGACCAGCGCCCCCGAUGAUCAAUACUACUAUCCCACCGGGAACGCGCAGUGCUGCUCGCCGCGGCUGCUUCUCAGGGACGGAGACGAGCUCCCGGUGGAGCGGUGUUUCUGCACGGAGCAGUCGGCGGCGUACGCUGUGGGGUGCGGCGCCGCGAACACCCCAGACUCGGCGCAAGCGUCGGGUGCUCUCAUUUAUGCGUUCGACAACGAGGUGUCGGCGCUCUCGGCCUUGGGGGAGAAGAUUGAGGUUCCCGUGACCCCAGUGCGAUGCUGCAAGCUGUGCCUUUCGCCAAACGCGAGACCAGCAAUGAAUGAUUGUUCGCCCCUGAAUUACUGCGGAGGGAACGGGGACUGUACAGUCGAUGGGCACUGCCAGUGUAAGACGGGUUGGAUGGGGAGCUCGUGCGAGACCCAGGUUGACGACGAAGGCACCAUGACAGAUUGGGCAACAAACGGGAUGAAAAUUGUCAUUGGAGUGAUCCUCGGCUGCUGCUUCGGGCGCCCCAUCAUGCGGUGCUUGGGCCUGGAGCCGCGGAGGCGCCUGGCCGGUGACCUCGAGGAGGAGCUUUUACCUGCACAGCCGCAGAAUGACUGGGAGUUUGAAGCCAGUGACCUGUCCACGUCGGAUGACGGGGAAGGGGACGAGGACGACGACAAUGCAACCGAGAGCGACGAAGAACACGGGCGCGACGGCACACGCCAGCGCGACGAGGAUUCGGGAGCUGAUGCCGAUGCCGACGUUGAGGCCGCGCCGACGGAGAGCGUGGAGAUUUCCGAGGCUGAUGAGGACACCCCCCGCGACGAGGAAGCCGCGGAGACCUCAAGCGAGGUGACCAAGGAAAGGAAACCCGACCCGUCUCUUGGCGAUGAGGAGCUCAAGGAGGUGACGUCGCCCAGUCACGAUGCGGAGGAAAAAGUCGUUAAGAAUCGGAGCACGGCAGAGUGUACGGUCUGCAUGUCCGCGCGCGUGCAGGUGGUGUUGGUGCCGUGCGGGCACGCUUGCCUCUGCCGCGGGUGCGCAAGGCGGAUGCGCCUCUGCCCAAUUUGCAGGCGCGAGGUGCAGAGACGGCAAAAGUUGUACAUCUAGCUAGCGAAGAGAAGGGAGGAUGGGGCUUUGCCCGACAUUGCCGCUCGUCGUUUGAUGUUGUUUUACCAAAACGAAACUUGUUAC